GGAGGACCUAUCCCAGCAUGCCGAGCGGUGUUCCUUUCGCAGUAGCGGAGGAGAAGCGAGAUCUCAGACGGCGGCCGGUCAAAUUAAGCGGGACGCACUGAUCCACUUUAGUCUGUAAAAAGCGGCUGCCUUGGGGGGUUGAAAAAUUUGUAGCUUGUCAUCAGGAAGGGCGAGCAGAACAGAGGGAGGCGAGAGAGGGUGGAAGGAAGAACUCAGUCUCCCUGUGUCAGGGAGGGGGAAAAGCAGCGCCAGAUAGGUGGGGGAUUUGGGCUCCGCAGCCCUCGGCCAGCCGAGCACAGACCUGCAGCUUUAGACUCCGACGGGCCGCGCAGAGACCAUGAUCAAGCUCUUCUCCCUCAAGCAGCAGAAGAAAGAGGAGGAAUCGGCCGGAGGCACCCGAGCCGGCGUCGGGGGGAAAAAAGCCAGCGCGGCUCAGCUUCGGGUCCAGAAAGAUAUUAAUGAACUAAAUUUACCAAAAACAUGUGAAAUAGUUUUCCCUGAUCAAGAUGAUCUCUUAAACUUCAAGUUAAUCAUCUGUCCUGAUGAGGGUUUCUAUAAAGGAGGAAAAUUUGUCUUCAGUUUUAAGGUGGGCCAAGGCUACCCCCAUGAUCCUCCAAAAGUGAAGUGUGAAACAAUGGUUUACCAUCCCAAUAUUGAUCUAGAAGGAAAUGUCUGUCUAAAUAUUCUCAGGGAAGACUGGAAGCCCGUGCUAACGAUUAAUUCCAUUAUCUAUGGCCUACAGUACCUCUUUCUGGAACCAAACCCUGAGGAUCCUUUGAACAAGGAAGCAGCUGAAGUUCUCCAGAACAACCGGCGGCUGUUUGAACAGAAUGUUCAGCGAUCGUUGAGGGGCGGAUAUGUGGGCUCAACGUACUUUGAACGCUGUCUGAAAUAAACCGAGGCUAUAGCCAAGUUGGGUGGGGAGGGAGGGGAGGAUGCGACAUAGCACACAUGGAGAUGGAUAGCCAACUGGCCAGCUAGCUGUGAAAGUUCUUGGGAUGCAUUUUAGGGGUGGGAGGAGGAUUGGGAUAAGGUCAGAAUUUGCAGUGAUGUACUUUGAUUAAAUAUGAAAUAAACCUAGGCGGAAGCCAUCACAUGGGUCAGGAGGGGAAAUUAUGAAGACAGAGAAAAAAAUGAGCAAGAACUAGCAGGAGAUUCAUUAUAUGUGCCAUGGACUUAAUAAAAGAGAAGGGGCACUUUAAAAAUAAAAAUUAAAAAACAACACUUGGACCCAAGCAGGGAUGUGGUAAACAGUGUCCCAUGGGAAUGCUUUUUCUAUUUAGACUGUUUUUUUGAAUGGCAAGUAGUGGCUUGGCAUGAAGACUUAUGGUGUUCAAGUAAAUAUAUACAUGUAUAUCUGUCCUGAUGUUUGGAGUGUUUGCUGAGGGGAACUGAUGUGUAGAAUUUAGUGAACUGUGGUCAGCCAGGAAGACAGUGCUACCCAAACGCUUUAAAAGGGCUAACUCUGCAUACAUAAAAUGCUGCAGUUUUACAUUUCAUCUGAUGGGAAGGUGCAAAUAAAUGGUAAGGAUAUACCUUUGAUCUGUUUAUAUAUUGUUUUUCAAUAUAUGCACUGGAGUUUUAGAACACUUCACAGAAGGCAAAGAGAAAAUAGGUGUUCAGGCCGCACAGCUUUCAUAUUCUCAUUAAACAUGGCUCGAGACUGGUAAACUCAAUUAAGUUGAAUUCAAGUUUAAUAUCAGUGGCCAAAUAAUCUGUCUUUAUUAUUCAUACCUAUACAAUUGUGUUGUAUUUUAAAAAGGUCCCCCCUAAUGUUAUAUCAGAGUGCACCUGACUGUCGUUACUUCAUUCAGAUACUGGGUUUAAACAGAGUAUUUCACAAAUGAAAUAUAAACAUUUGAUUCAGUCAUGUUGUUCUCAAAUUCAUGCAGGAUAUAUGCCUAGUUGCUACUACCCCGCGUCAUGUUAUGUAAGCACUGACCAUUUCUGUUUUAUCUACUCCAUUAUUCAUUUACAUGCUGCUGGUGGAAUGUCUUUCUACCAUGAGAUGCAGAAUGGUGUUUUUAACUUGGAUGUUGCACAUAGUUAAUUUAUUUAUCUACUUCACCUCUUAUUUUUUGUGAUUUUUUUUUUUUUCUCCCCCUCCAGUUUAUGUGAAUGAGAAAUGAUGUUCUACCAAAAAAGCAUUUGCUUCCUCCUAAUGCACAUGCCAUGAUUGAAAUAUCUUAGUUGUUUCGGGGAAGGUGGGUGGGAGGAGGUGCUGGACAACAGAUAAUUUUACCCUAAUGACAUAUUAAAGGGAUAAUCUGCCGUAUCAUGUAAUCUUUUUCUUUUUUUCAGUAGUAUGUUACAUCAAUGCCACGUUAUACCUGAACUUUUCUAUAUGUACUUUUCAUUGCCAGUGCCAUGUGCUUAGAGCAGUUCUAUGAUUGUACUGUAUUAUGAUUAAACACCGUAAUUGACAAAAGA